AUGUUUCGCCGUCUCGCUCACACGCUCCCCGCUGACGCCGUCUUCGAACCGGACCUCGCCAAGUUGGGGUUCUUCGUCAACGAAGACGAUAAAGUCCGCUCGGUUCGGAGCCCCGAUCGCAAGUUUCAGUACAAGAUUAAUCGGAAUGAUCGGUGGAAUGAGGUGCAUAAAUCUGCGAUCCGUCAUAUCAUCAACGACCGGUUGGCCGAUCUGGGCUGCGAAACUGUCCGACUACCACUUGGUGCAGCCGAGUCAGACAAUCACGUCCCUAUCCUCGUGUCCAAGGACUGCACAACCAAGAGCCGCGUGACCGUCUUCUUUGGCGAGAGGAAUCUGGAACCAGGAGUCUUGAGCUGGCGCAUCAUCGGGGAAGAGGGCAUCAAGCACGGCUCGCUGGUAGAGUUUACCAAAGCUCUCCUAUCUGUCCCUGUGCUCGAGACUUCACCUAUGUCAACGUCAACGUCUACGUCUGCGUCUGCGCCUGGUCUCAUCGUUGCAAAUCCAUGUCAGCUGCUCUGGUAUCGAGGCGGUGGACGCGCUGUGUCGCCACAUGAAUGGCUUUGGCUGCCGAGACCGAGUGCUGUGCACGAUGCUCCACGAGUGGACAACGUCAAGAAUAGAAUUCCUGGCAAUUUUGACUACGUGGAGCACGUAUCUUACAUGUUUGAAAAGGUGAUUCCAACUUUGGUCGACAAGGAAGCAAAGCUGGAUCUUGUCGGGCUGGAGUACACUGGGACAGCUGUGCUGGAAUAUCUUGCUGAGCAUUGGGAUACAUGGUCAGGGCGCAUAAACGGCAUUACUCUGGUCACACCUCAACACAAGGUAGCAGAUCUCAUCAACAAUGGUGCGUCGGACGACUUUGUCACCUUCAUGAGCAAGCGGUGUCGAGCUUAUUUCGUCUCCCACUCGGCCAUUGAGACACCGAUAGCUGGUCGUGAGGAGUUCGGCUGCAACUGCUACGCUAGUGGAGAGCACGCGUAUGCGGAGAAUGCGAUAGCGAGAUGCUGGAGGCAUAUGCUGGACUGGUUCAAUAUGCUGUACCUGAAUCCGGAACAUGAGGAAGUUGAGUUUGUGGUGGUGAAGGAAGAUGAAGAAGUGAAGCUCGGUUGGUAG